CACAAAUACAACCUAAAACACAAACCUGGAAAUUAACCUCAACAUUUUGAAUCUUCUCCCUGGCUUUCUCCGAACCAAAAAACCUAUAUCGAACCAACCCAUUUACUCGUUCAUUUUUCAUGUUACUGGAUGACAAGCUCAAACGUUGGCGCAAUGUUAGUAGAGCCAAAUACAAACACCUUACACAGAACCCAAAUGGGAGGCUUAUGUCACUCCGACGCGGCGGACGAAGACAGCCCCAGAGCCUACGGUGACAGCAGCACGAAUGCCUCUCCCUACAACAUGUCCCCAUGGAACAACCAACAUACUUCUUCCUCUCCUCUCAGCAAGUCUCCAUGGCUAUUAGCUUCAUCACCCGCGUUUAACCUCUUCAGCCACAACCACAACGACGACUACUUCUUCCCUGAAAAUGCCCUCAUCGGUUCCCUCGUCCGCGAAACAGGUCACAUCUAUUCCUUGGCGGUUUCCGGUGACUUGUUAUACACCGGUUCCGACAGCAAGAACAUAAGAGUGUGGAAGAAUCUCAAGGACUUCACCGGCUUCAAGUCCAGCAGUGGAUUGGUCAAAACCAUAGUAAUCUCCGGCGGGAAAAUCUUCACCGGUCACCAAGACGGCAAGAUCAGAGUGUGGAAGGUUUCGGCCAAAGAUCCCAGAAAACAUAAACGCAUAGGGAGCUUGCCUACGUUUAAAGAGUUUGUAAAGUGUUCCAUGAACCCCAAAAACUACGUGGAGGUUCGUAAGCACAAGAAUGCGGUGAAGGUGAAGCACUUCGACGCCAUUUCCAGCCUCAGCCUUAACGAGGAGGAGGGGCUCUUGUACUCGUGUUCGUGGGACAGGACGCUCAAGGUGUGGCGCUUGGCGGAUUCAAAGUGUUUGGAAUCGAUCAACGCGCAUUGUGAUGCUGUGAACGCGGUUGUGGCGGCGUUUAAGGGUUGCGUCUUGACGGGUUCCGCGGACGGGACGGUGAAGUUAUGGCGGAGGAAGAUGGAAGAGAAUGGGAAGAAGUCGAAGCACGUGUUGGAACAAAUUUUGCUGAAGCAAGAGAACGCCGUGACGGCGCUGGCGGUGAACCGUUCAGGCACGGUGGUCUAUUGCGCUUCCUCGAACGGCUUGGUGAACUUUUGGGAGCGUGACAAAAAGGGUGGGUUCCCAAACGGCGACGUUCUGAAGGGGCACAAGCUGGCCGUGCUCUGCCUCGCCGUGGCGGGGAACUUCGUCUUCAGCGGCUCCACAGAUAUGAACAUUUGCGUGUGGAAGCGAACCGAGAGUGGCUUCCACACGUGCCACUCGGUUCUCACAGGUCAUUCAGGUCCCAUCAAGUGCAUCGCCGUCAAGGAAGACCAAUUACAACCGCAUGAUCAUCGCGACAAGGGGUCACAAGGCUGGAUUGUGUACACCGGAAGCUUGGACAAGUCCGUCAAGGUGUGGCGCGUGUCUGAACACGCACCAGAGACCGACGUGUGCCAGGCCUUGCCCACACCGACACAUGUUGCUUCGCCCUAUCAUUCCUCUCCAGUAGGAAGUAGUUAUUCCUCCUCUCCAAGAUCAAUCAGUCUUAAGUCCUCACCAUCUGGAUUCAGUCAUCUUUCGCCGCAGAAAAAUAGUGUCACAGACAAAAAUGCCAAUAAUAACUGCAUUGUUGCUAAUGCUAAAAGCGAUGCUAACGAUGAUGGUGCUAAGCACGGUGGCAACAAUAUUGAUAAUACCAAAAGCAAUGACAAAGCCAGAAACCACAACACCGGUAACGUUAAAAGCAUCAACAAUGAGAACAACAAUAACUACAACAAUGACAAGGUCAAAAGAAAUGAAAAUGGCAACAACAAAAGCAAUGGUGAUAGCAUUAAAAGGAGCAACGAUAACAACUACAAUAGUAGUAAUAGUACUUUUGGCAAUGACAUUAACAACCGUAGUCGAGACAAAGUUAAAAACAGUGGUAAUGACAAUCACAACAACAAUGAUGGUGUUUAUGGGGAUGACAACAAUAAAUGCAAUAUUGGUAGUGCUAAAUGCAGCAAAGAAAGCACUAAUAAUCACAAUCGUGAUAAUGCUAAAUGUAAUAGCAAUGGCAACAACAAUAGAACUCAUGGCAUUGACAAUGGCAACCACAACCAUGAUAGUUCUAAAAGCAAUGACAAUAACAACAAUGAUGGUGUUAGAAAUAGUGGCGUAAACAACAACGACAAUGGUAAUAGUGUUAAAAGUGGUAUCAAUGACAACAAUAAUCACAACGGUGAUAGUGUGAAAAGUGGUGGCAAUGAGAAUAACAACCACAACAAUGAUAAUGCUUGUGGUAAUGUGAGUAACAUUCGCAGCAAUGUUGAUGCUAAAAAGAGACUCAAUGACAAUAACAAUGUCAACAUCGUAAAAAGCAAUGACAACAUUAACUGCAAUCGCGAUAAUGGUUAUGUCAGUGGCAACAAUAAUCAUGGUGGUGAUAAGGCCAAAAGUAAUGACAGUGGAAAAAACAAUCGCAAUAGUAAAAGUGCUUACGAUUGUGGUAAUAGAGACUAUAAUGGUCAUAAUGCUAAAAAUUAUGAAAAUGGUGACAAUGACAACAAGUGCAAAAUUGGUGAUGCUAAAAAGAGAGGCAAUGGCAUCACUAAUGAGAGUGCUAAAAAUGGUAGCAAUGACAACACCAACUACAAGAAUGAUAAUGCUAGAAGUGGUGGUAAUGAUAACAACAAUUGCAACUGUGAUGAUGUUAAAAGUGGUGGCAAUAACAGAAACAACCAUAUUAAUGAUGGUACUAAAAUGGAUGACAAUGGCCAGAAGAGUCGUAACAAUGAUAAUGUUUAUAGAAAUGACAAUCAUAUCCACAACAUUGGAGGUACUAAAAGGGGAGACAAUGACAAUAUCAAUUACAAUAAUAAGAGUGUCAAAAGUGGUGACAAUGUCAACAACAACUACACUAAUGAUAAUGCUAAAAGUGGUGACAAUAUCAACAACAUCUACAAGAAUGAUAAUGCCAAAAGUGGUGGUAAUGACAACAAGUGCAAUACUAGUGGUGUUAAAACAGGUGACAAUGACAACAACCAUAAUAGUGAGAGUACUAAGAGUGGUGGCAAUAUCAAUAAUUACCACCACAAUGAUGGCACUAAAAUUGAUGGCAAUGAAAUCAAUAACUACAUUGGUGACUAUGCUAAAAAUGGUGACAAUAACCAAAACAAUCAUAAUAAUGAUAAUGCUUGUAAAAAUGACAAUAACAUCUACAACAAUGGUGGUGCUAAGAGAGGGGACAAUGGCAACAACAUCAGCAAUAGUAAGAGUGUCAAAAGUGUAGACAAUGUCAACAAUAAUCGCAAUAACGAUAAUGUUAAAGGUGGCGACAAUCAUAACAAAUGCAACAUUAGUGGUGUUAAAAAAAGUGACAGUGACAACAACAAUUGCAAUAAUGGGAGUGCUAAAAGCAAUGACUUUGACAACAUCCACAAAAGUAAUAAUGUUAAAAAUGAUGAUAAUGACAACAAAUGCAACAUUAAUGGUGCUAAAACAGGUGACAAUGACAACAACAACUACAAUAGUAAGAGUACUAAAAGUGGUGGCAAUGACAACAAUAAUGAGAAUAUCAAAAGUAGUGACAAUGACAUCAACAACAGCUACAAUAAUAAUGUUAAAAAUAGUGGCAACGACAACUACAAAAUUGAUCAUUCUAAAAGGAGUAACAAUAUUGACAACAACAAUCAUAGGAGUGAUAGAGCUUGUAGCAAAGACAAUAUCAUUCGCAACAAUGACGAAUCUAAAAAAGGUGAUAAUGAUGUCAACAAUUGGAAUAGUGAAGGUUCUAAAAGCGGUGACAAUAAAAAUAACAACUGCGAUAGUGUUGAUGCUAAAAGAGGUGACAAUGACAACCACGAGAGCACUACAAAAGGAGUAAAUAACAAUACCAUCUACAAUAGCGACAUUACUAAAAGUGGUGACAAUGACAACAACAUCAUUAAGUGUGGUAAUCCUACAAGUAGUUAUAAUAAAAAAGACAUUCGCAACAUUAAUGAUGUUAAAAGGGAUGGCAAUGGUGACAACAAUUUCAACAAUGAAAGCAUUCAAAAAGGUAAUAAUAACAUUAACAACUUCAAUGUUAAUAGUGUUAAAAAUGGUAGAAAUGGCUACAACAACUACAAUGACAAAAGUGUCAAAAGCAAUGUCAAUGUUAGCAACAACUACAACAAUGAUAAUGUUGAAAAAGGAGACAAUGGGAACAACAACAACUACAAUUAUGAUGAUGCUAAAAGUAGUGACAAUGAUAUCAACAAUCACAAUAUUAGUAGUGCUAAAAAUAGUGGCAACUAUCACAACAGUCGCAACAAUGGUAAUGCUUAUAACAAUGACAACAAAGUUUGUGGUAGUGAUAAUGUUAAAAAGGGUGACACUGGCAACAACAACCAAAAUAAUGAGAGUGUCAAAAGUAGUGACAAUGACAACAGCAACAAUAACAACAACAACAAUGCUAAAAAUGGCAUCUACAACAACUACAAAAUGGAUGAUGCUAAAAAAAGUGACAAUAGCAACAACAAUCUUAGUAGUGAUAAGACUUGUAACAAAGUCAAUAACAUCUGCAACAAGGACGAUACUAAAAAGGGUGACAAUGAAAACAACAAUCGAGAUAAUGAGAGUGCUAAAAGUCAUGACAAUCACUAUAACAACCGCAAUAGCAAUAUUGUUAAAAGCAGCGAUAAUGACAAUAAUUGCAAAAAUGAUUAUGCUAAAAGGGGUGACCAUGGUAACAACAACCACAAGAAUGUUAAUAGAAGUGUUCAUGACAACAUCUACAACAAUGACAAUGCUAAAAGUGGUGGGAAUGACAAUACUUGCAAGAAUGGUAAUAACAAAAACAACCACAACAUUGAUGAUGUUAGAAGGGGAGACAAUAACAACAACAAUCGCAACAAUGAUGAUACUAAACAUAGUGGUAAUGAAAGACACAACCGUAGCAAUAAUAAUGCUAAUGGUAAUAAUAGUAACAUCUGCAAUAGUGUUGAUACUAAAAAAGGUUUCAACAGUAACAACAAUUACAACUGUGAGAGUGUUAAAAAUAGUGUUAAUGUGAAUAAUAACUGUAACAGUGACAACACUAAAAGAUGUGACAAUGACAACUACAACAGCAAUCGCAACUAUAUUGGUGCUAAAAGUGACUACAAUGACAACAACAACCAUUAUGAUGAUAGUUCAAAAAAUAAUGACAAUGAUCCCAAAAAUCGUAACAAUGAUAGUGCUUGUAGAAGUGACAACAACAUCCUCAACAAUGAUAUUGCUAAAAGGAGUGACAAUAGCAAUGACAACUGCAAUAGUAAAAGUGUUGGUGCAAAUGACAAAAAUAAUCACAAUAGAGAUAAUGCUAAAAAUGGAGGCAAUAUCAAGAAUUACAACAUUGGUGAUGCUAAAAGAGUUGACAAUAACAACAAUCGCAAUAGUGAAAGUGCUAAAAGUGAUGAUAGUGACAAUAAAACCCACAAAAGGAAUGUUACUAAAAGUGGUGGUAAUGACAAUAGUUGUUAUGCUGUUAAUGUUAAAAAGGAUGACAAUCACAACAGUCAUCGCAACAGUGAUAGUACUAAAGGUGGAUACAAUAAUAACUUUCAUGAUAUUAAUGCUAAAAAUGGUGGCAAUAUACACAACAACCAAAAAGGUGAUGAUGCUCAAAGGAAUAUUAAUGACAACAAUAACCAUAGUAGAAAUGGUUAUUCUGUCAAUGGUAUUAGCAUCUGCAAUAAUGAUGAUACUAAAAAGGUUGACAAUGGUACCAACAAUUGCAACAGUGGAAGUGCUAAAAGUGGUGACAAUGUCAAUAACAAUUGCAAUAAUAAUAAUGUCAAAAGAGGUGACAAUGACAACUACAACAAUCAUAGUAGUAAUAAUAGAAAAAAUGGUACAAAGGACAACAACAACCACAAUGGUGAUAGUGAUAAAAAUGGUGACAAUUAUCACAACAAAUGCAAUAAUGAUACUGCUUAUGCUAAUGAUGAUAACAUCCGCAAUAAUGAUGAUGCUAAAAAGGGUGACAAUGACAACAAUUGUAAUAGUGAGAUUGUUAAAAGUAGUGUCAAUAACAACAACUACAAAAAUAAUAAUAUUAAAAGUAGUAGCACUAAUAGUAUUAUCUGCAACAAAGAUCAUGCUAAAAGGGGUGACAAUAACAUCAAUAACCACAACAGUCAUAGGGUUUAUGGUAAUGACCAUAAUAUGACCAACAUUGAUAAUGCCAUAAACAAUGGAAAUGGCAAAAACACUCACAACAAUGAUAAUAGUAGAAGUAAUGACCACCACCACAACAACCACAAAAAUAAUGAUAAUGUUAAUAGCAAUAUCAAUAACAAUAAUAACCACAAUAAUGAGUGGACUAAAAGUAUUAAUAAUAACAACUAUAAUAGUGAUAGUGUUAAAAGUAUUGGCAAGAACAAUAACAAUAUCAAUCAUAAUAGUAAUAGUAUAAAAAACAAUUACGUGAAUGGUUAUGGCAACAAUUCCACAAACAACCCCCUCCAAGACAAUAUUAGUAGUGUUAGUGACUACCAAAAUAGGAAUGAGAGACAGUUACAAAGUAGAAAUCAAUAUUGUAAUUAAAUAUGUAGAAGAAUAAUUUUUACAUAGGAACAUUCUUUGUUUAAUAAUUGUUAACUUUAGAAUUUUUCUCUUGCUUACAAAUGUUUGUUUAGGAUAAGUAAGCGGGAUCAACUACAUUUUGUAAAUGUGAUUUGUAGAUUGUUUAUACAGAGCUUUAAAUAUUUAUCUUUUUCACUUUUUUUUAUUCUUAUCUUUUUAUUUCACUAUUAUAAUUUGCUCAUAUAUUUUUUUUAUAUUUUAUUAUUUUA